AAAAUAUUGGAAAAGCCACUUGAAGUCAGGUGAUCGUAGGAUCUGCUCUGCUUGUAGGAAAAUCAUAAUUGAGGGGAAUACCUACAUUAGAAGCCUUAAUAGAAAACAGAAUUGUCCUGUUAGAUGGUUUAGUAGGUUUAGAGGAAGUUUGGUGGAACUAUUGCAAUCUAUUUGUGGAAAUGGCCAUAGCAAGGCUUGCGUAUGUGAAAAGAGGAAGAACAUAAAUUAGAAACGUCAGUGCAGACCAGCUCAACGGCGAUACUUUCAUUUUGGUUCCAAUUUUUGCAAAAUAAGGAGCUAAAAACAAGAGAAUGCAAGAAUGAUGACCAAUUUUUUUUGAUGGUGUAAAAUUUCACGAAGGGGCUUCUCUGAAAACUGUAUUUCCAGUGUUAGACCAUCAAAGCUGUGAUUCCCUGGUUUGAGAUAACCCUAGCCAAGGGAAAGGUUAUCCCUCCAUCCAUCCUUUCAUCAUCUAAAAAGAGCAUAUGUGAAGGAAAUGGAUUCUUCUUUUGCUAAUAUUUUUGCUGCCUUUGAAGAAUCUAAAGAAUCUACAAAAAUUGACAUUCCUCUAGGUGAAAAAAGGAAGUUCAUACAGCCUGCAUCACUGAAGAACCCUAAGCUGGAAGAAUUAAUGAUGUUUCUCAUUGAUUGGAUCAAUGCCACAUUGAAGCAAGAUCACAUUGUUGUUAAGUCACUGGAGGAAGACCUGUAUGAUGGAUUAGUGCUGCACCAUCUAUUAGUGCAUUUGGGUAAAGUCAAGCUGGAUGUAGAAGAAAUUGCAAUGUCUGACAGUGCACAGAAACAGAAACUGAGUGUUGUGUUGGAUAAAAUCAAUCAGCUUCUCCAAGUUACGGAGGAUGACAGUCUGAACUGGAGUGUAGACUUGAUCCAUAACAAGGACCUGAUUGCCACUUUACAUCUCCUGGUUGCCAUUGCAAAGCAUUUCAGUCCUGGUAUUCACCUCCCAGAAAAUGUCUGCGUGGAAACAAUAAUUCUUGAGAUUGACAAAACAGGAAUAAAAACAACAAAAGACUUCGAAUAUAUCACGGAGAAAAGGACAGAUGAUAAAGAACAAAGUCAAAUACAAGAAGCAGACAACAUUAACAACCUAUUUAAGCUUGAGCCUGACAAAAUAAAAGUAGUGCAACAGGCAUUGCUUCAUUUUGUCAACAAACAUGUGGGGAGGCUUGGUGUGACUGUGAAGGAUCUUAGUUCACAGUUUUCAAAUGGAGUAAUCUUGAUUCUAUUAAUUGGACAGCUGGAAGGCUAUUUCAUUCAUCUAAGCAAAUACUAUUUAAGCCCCACAGAUGACAAAGAAAAGCUUCACAACGUCUCUUUUGUGCUGGAGCUUCUUGAAGACAGAGGACUGUUAAAUUAUACAAUCAAUCCUCAAGACAUUAUAAACUUGGACAUCAAGGCCACAAUGCGGAUCUUGCAUUGCUUGUUUGCUAAGUACAAGGACAAGUGAAAACGGACUCAGGAUUUCAAGCAGUAUGAAAGGAAACUUCAUUUAAGUUGAUUGAAGAUCAUCCGAAGAAGAGUGAAAGGAAAGAGACUUGUGUUGUAAAAUGCUAUAGACAUUUUUGUGGUUUAAGGUUUCAUCCAUCCUCUGCUUAAAAUAUUCAAACAAUUACCUGAUUAUCUCCCCACAAUUGGUUGAAAUUAACCGUAGCACAAAUUUGCUUUGAAUGUAUAAUUCAUAUAAAAUUUAUACAAACUCUGAGUUAUAUCUGUUCUAAAUAAAAUCUAAUGGCAAAUUACUGAGUUAAUGUGCA